AAAAAUUUGGCGCGAGACGUCGAGCACUUGCGCAUGUGUCUUUGUGGGUCCACUGAAAAGAAAGGAAAUUUUGAAAAAUGACAGACAAGGAUCCCGGUGAGGGCUUUGAUGAUGCAGUUGAAGAAAGGGUCAUCAAUGAGGAAUACAAAAUAUGGAAGAAAAACACCCCAUUUUUGUAUGACCUUGUUAUGACCCAUGCACUGGAGUGGCCGAGUUUAACAGCACAGUGGCUGCCAGAUGUCACACGACCAGAAGGAAAGGACUAUUCUCUUCACAGACUCAUCCUGGGAACACACACGACAAGCUCGGAUGAACAAAAUCACCUCCUGAUUGCAAGUGUUCAGCUUCCCAAUGAUAAUGCCCAAUUUGAUGCCUCACAUUAUGACAGUGAGAAAGGAGAGUUCGGAGGUUUUGGUUCUGUAAGUGGAAAGAUUGAGAUAGAAAUUAAGAUAAACCAUGAAGGAGAGGUCAAUCGAGCCAGAUAUAUGCCACAGAACCCAUGUGUCCUUGCCACAAAAACACCAUCAAGUGAUGUACUGGUAUUUGACUACACAAAACAUCCCUCAAAACCAGAUCCAAGUGGAGAAUGUACUCCUGAACUUCGUCUAAAAGGUCAUCAAAAAGAAGGAUAUGGAUUAUCAUGGAACCCCAAUUUGAAUGGUCACCUAUUAAGUGCUUCUGAUGAUCACACAAUAUGUCUUUGGGACAUCAAUACACCACCAAAAGAGGGCAGAGUCAUAGAUGCACACACUAUAUUUACAGGCCACACAUCCGUUGUAGAGGAUGUGGCUUGGCAUUUACUCCAUGAAAGUUUAUUUGGAUCAGUUGCUGAUGACCAGAAAUUAAUGAUCUGGGAUACACGAUCAAAUGACACCACAAAACCAAGUCACACAGUCGAUGCACACACGGCGGAAGUCAACUGUCUGUCAUUCAACCCCUACAGUGAAUUUAUAUUAGCCACUGGAUCUGCAGACAAGACUGUUGCUUUGUGGGAUCUACGAAACCUUAAACUAAAAUUACAUUCAUUUGAGUCUCACAAAGACGAAAUUUUCCAGGUACAAUGGUCACCCCAUAAUGAGACAAUCCUGGCUUCGAGUGGAACUGACAGAAGACUUCAUGUGUGGGAUCUUAGUAAAAUUGGAGAGGAACAGUCGGCCGAGGAUGCUGAAGACGGUCCACCAGAAUUACUGUUUAUUCAUGGUGGACAUACAGCUAAAAUAUCAGACUUUUCAUGGAACCCCAAUGAACCCUGGGUAAUUUGCUCAGUGUCUGAGGACAACAUCAUGCAAGUAUGGCAGAUGGCAGAAAACAUCUACAAUGACGAGGAACCAGACACGCCAGCCGGGGAAUUAGAACAGGCAUCGUCCUAGAAACAAAAUCUUGGAACGUUGUGAAAAUUGAACAAUUUCAAAAUCUGGACCAAAAUACUCUUUGUGUAGAAACCUAUCAUGAACAAUACGUUGAUUUUCUGCAAUGGGUAUGAUAAAAGAAAAUAACGCAAAUGAAUGAGAAUUUCGGCUAAGUGCUGCCAUUUGGGUUUUGAAAUCUCAUCUUUUUGAACAGAUUUCAAAAUGAGAUGAAAUAUUUUAGGAGCCGGUAGCCCUGGAGUGCUGUUAAAAUUCUUAAGUGUACAAAUUGUAAUUUAUUUUUUAUAUGUAGGUCAUAUUAAACAUGUUCUGUUAAAACUUGCAUCAGUACUGCCUGGAAAGUACAUGGAAGAUGUUUAAAUUGUUUUGGAUACAGAGUGCACUAUAAACUUUCAGACUGGUAUGUAUGUAGGUAUACAUGAUUCUGAAAUCUCCAAAGUCAAGAAGUUUCACAGACACUUUUGAAGGAAACCCAAAGUCUCAACAUGUUAUAUAAGCCAUUGCAGCUUGGUAGAUAUCUAUUGACCUGUCUAUGAUGAUUUUAUAUGUGAAGGGUGGGUGGGAUGUUGUAUAAUGCAGGUUGACAUUUUGAAGCUAAUAUUUUUUCAACAUUUCUCUCAUUUUCAUAUCGAGCUGACAAUUUUGAUGAGACUGUUUGCUAAUCAUGUACAUUAACUAUAAUUCAGAGUGUCAGUUGUGUAAUAUUUUACAUUGAAAUAAAUCAAAAAUACAUUCAA